CUCGGACCAAUCAGAAGAGGCUCUGGGAGACGAAGACGUUGCCUCGGUUUUUCCUUUGGUUUGAAUUUUGGCGGCGGUUGGUGGCGGCUGUUGAGGCUUCUCGCCUUGGUCUCCUCUUUGUUUUGACUCUCCGCGCCGGGACUGUGGAGGGUUUCCUCGUCAGUUAAGAUGGCGAAGCCGGUGAGGCAAAGUGAGGUCUUGGCUUCCUCACUUGUGAAUAGUGUGACCCAGGCUGUGGGAAAGCUGCUGGAUUUAUGGAAUGAAAUGGGUAUCAGCCAUGAAUUGCAGUUGGAGCGCAUGCAGGCAGCAAAGGCCCACAUUGAGGUUCUGUUGAAUGAAAUGAUUGAGGAAGAAAACAGUAUGAAAGAAAAAAUUGAAAAUGACAUCGAAAUUCAUAAGCAUCAAUUAAAUAGGCUCAGAGAUGAAUUGAAGCUGGAUCCCUACAAGGUUGAUAAAAGUUUAACCAUACUUCAGUUAGAAAAAGACCUUCGCUUGGCUUUAGAGUGUGCUCUUAAAGAAAAACAUGAAAGGCUUAAGAAGCUGAAACGGCUGCAACAGGAAGACCAGGACCUAUGUUCAGAGCUUUAUGAGACCCCUUACUACGUACCUACUGGCAGUAUUCCGAGCAGCUUGGAGCUGGAAGAACUACAAGAACAUGUUGAGAAGCUUUUGAAAAUAAAGGAACAAAGGCUGGAAAGGUUUUUUAAACUGAGAAGACAAGUCAGAGAGUAUAAUGAAGAAAUUGGACACAUCCCAGAUGGAACCUUGGAAAAUGAAAUGUUAGCUGUUGAAGAACAUAUCUGCCUUACAAAGAAAAAUCUUGAAGAUCUCCAGUUGCUUAUUCAUCAGUUGCAGGUAAAGAAAGAAUCCUUGAUUGACACCAAGGAAUGUCUGGUGAAAGAGGUGCAGGUUCUGUGGGAUAGACUUCAGUGGCCACAAGAGGAGCGGGAUCAACUGACAAGAACAACAGGCAACUGUUCUAUUUCUGAAGCCAUAAAGAUGUGGGAAGAACAGUUGCAGAGCCUGAACGAACUGAAGAAAGAACAACUUAAAGAAAUUACUUUGAAAGUGAGGCAAGAACUUGAGAGUUACUGGCAAAAAUGCUGUUUUGGUGAUGAACAAAGAGCUGCAUUUCAGCCAUUUUAUAAUGACAAUUUCUCAGAAGAGUUAUUGAAUCACCAUGAUGAGGAACUUGUGAAAAUGAAAGAUCUUUAUGAAAAAAACAAACAGCUGUAUGAUAAUGUUCACAAAUGGGAAACUGUCUGGGAUCAGUUCAUUGAACUAGAGAAAAAAUCAACAGAUCCAAGCAGACUUCUAAACAGAGGGGGAAACUUGCUCAAAGAUGAAAGAGAAAGAGCAAAGAUUCAGAAGCAGUUAUUGAAGCUGGGGGAAGAACUGAAGAAAAGUAUUGAAAACUGGGAGAAGGAAAAUGACUCCUGCUUCCUUGUUUAUAACCAGAGGUUUCUUGACUCAAUGGCUCAUCAACUACAAAAUCAUAGAAUUAAGAAAGAUCAACCCAAAAUAUCAUCAAAGAGAGAUGAAUUUGCAACUCCAAAAACAACGGUUAAGAGAGCCGCAUGUGUGAACACUGCAACUCCUAGCAAGAUACGUAAGGUAGCUUCAAACCUAACUGUACUAAAAGCAGCCAGCUGCAGUAAUAUCCCAAGCAACACAGCUGUUACUAGCAAACAGUCAAUUCAAAACAAGACGCCUUACAAAACCAUACGUCUAGAUUCCCUGUACCGAUCACCAUUAGAAGAGUGCAAGGAAGGCAAAUCUACCAACCAGCCUAGCUAUUCAGAUUUCAUGAAGGAAUUGUCAAUGAAAUCAAGCAGCAAUGGCAAAAUUUUCAAUUCGACACUGAAGGAGAACAUAGAUGAAUGAAUCUAUUGGUUUCAACUUGCACAAGAUUCACUGAAUAGAUGACGGCUACAUGUAAAUACAGUAUUAAAAUAAAUGCACUUUGUACAGCAAUUGAGGUCAGAUAUUGUAAAGAACAUUCUGUAAAAAUAACCUUCCCUGUUACAUAGUUAUGUAUAGUGAAAACACCAUCAAAUGUCCAGUGGAUACCUUCUUUCUGAAGGAAGGUUCUGUAAGGAAGAAGCAUAAUCAAGAAGAGGAAAAGACAUGUAUUUCACAAUUAUAUGGAGAAAGACCAUAAAGAGCAGCUUGUAGUUGAUGCAGCCAAGUAGUUAUUUGACAACUGUAGUGGUAAAAGACAGAACAGCUUUUUGGUGUACAGUAUGAAGAUCAGCAUGCGGAUGGAUAGUUUAGGCAUUCUUUGUUUAUUAUUUAGAUGGGUCACUAGAUUCAUUUUUAUUAUAUUUUCUAGUUGUGUAUUUUAAUCAUGCAUCUGUUUUCAGAUUAUAAAAUGCAUAUUGUUUGAAG